UCCGUCCAUAGCUUCUUGCUUCCAAUUUCGACCUUUUCAAAUUCUUUGCUUUCUCCGGUACGCCUGCAGGUUCCUCAAUAAAGGCUCUGAAACCCUAGAUCUCCGUCAUCGACCAGAAUUCACAAUUUUUCGAAGGCCAUGGGCUUGUGGACAUUGCUCGAGGGCUGCUUACUUCUUGCAAAUGCACUUGCUAUAUUGAACGAAGAUCGUUUCCUUGCUCCAAGAGGAUGGAGCUUCCAGGAAUAUUCAGGGGUCAGAAGAAAUUCAUUCAAGGGCCAGCUACUUGGUCUUAUUUAUGCAACUCAAUAUCUGAGAGUUCUGCUCAUACUCCUUAACACACUUUGUAUUGUUGUAAAGUUUGUAUCUGGAUGAUGAUUCUUGCGCGAGACACUGAAGUUCAUAGAUGGAAGGGUUUAGAAAGCUUCCUUGAGGAAAAGCACCAACUCUAGUCGCAUUUUGUUAGAUACCCUGAUACAAACGGUUCUUCUUCAAUUAGUUUAGGAAAGUAAAUUAUUUCUUGGUCUUUAUGGACGGCUGUUGUAAAAUAGGUCAUCAGUGCCUACCUCUGCAUGUUCUUAUUCAAGAAUCAUGUUCUUGGAGUCUAAGCUCUCCGUUUUUGCAUUGCUGCAUCUUUUGAUUACAUAUAAGAUACUCUUCUUAGACUUUGCUAAUUGA